AUCCUACAGUCACCGUGCCAUAUAUGUGCUCGAUCUGUUGCUAGUUUCCACGGAGAUCGAUGGCCUCUAUCAUUCCCGACAACAUAAUGAAGCCUCCGCAAAGUUCGGGAGGAAAAACUGUCUUCCUUCUAUCACUGCCAAGGGCUGACUAUGGGAGACUAUUGAAAGUUCGGUAAAGAUAACGUUCAGGUAUAAAUAACAUGAUCAGUUGAUACGACUCCUCUCAUCUGAUAAUAUUCCCUACACAAACCCACUCUCAAGUUGCUCGUCAUUUGCUAGUAGACUAUGUUGGCACUCACCAACAUCACUUGGUUCGACCUAUGCCUUGCGUGUGUCGGAGCGUAUCUGUUAAAGCAUGCGUUCAACAAGAAGAAUCCUGCACCGUAUCCCCCUGGUCCUCCAGGGUGGCCUCUCAUCGGGAACGUCCUAGACAUGCCCCGCAUCAAGCCCUGGCUUACCUUCGCUAUGUGGGGCAAGAAGUAUGGUGAUAUCUCGCAUAUCGAGGUUCUGGGUCAACAUAUCGUGGUGGUGAACUCUGUCAAGACUGCGAUGGACAUGUUGGAUAAGAAGAGCACUGUGUACUCUGAUCGUCCUAUCAUUACUCUUGGCGGUGAACUCGUUGGCUGGAAGCACAUCAUGACUCUUCUCCCUUACGGUGACCAUUUACGCCGGUACCGCAAGAACUUCCACCGCGUCAUUGGCAGCCGCGCUGCAGUGGACGUAUACAGCCAGAUCGAAGUGGUUGAGACUCGCCGAUUCCUUAAGCGCGUGUUUGCGACACCCGACCAAUUACAGGAACAUAUUAGACACACCGCUGGGGCUAUCAUUCUGCGCAUCUCUCAUGGUUAUGAAGUGAAAGAGAGCAAUGAUCCCUUCGUUGAUCUUGCAGAUCGUGCUAUGGACCAAUGGUCGCGUUCUACUGCUCCUGGUGCCUUCAUGGUUGAUUUUAUGCCAUUCUUGGCCAAGGUCCCCGAGUGGUUCCCUGGCGCUGACUUCAAGCGUCUAGCCCGUGAAUGGCACGAGACCCUUGAUGAAAUGGUUUCUGCACCCUACAAGUUCGUCAAGGAUCAGAUGGCUGCUGGCAUUGCCCCGAAGUCUUUUACCUCGGAUCUGUUGGAAGGCCGUACUCUGUCUGUGGAAGAUGAUCACGUUGUGAAAUGGUCUGCUGGAUCUCUAUAUGCCGGCGCUUCCGACACGACUGUUUCUACAAUCUACUCACUCUUCCUGGCUAUGUCACUAUUCCCUGAUGUGCAGAAGAAGGCUCAGGCUGAAAUAGAUGCUGUUGUCGGUCCCGAUCGUCUUCCCUCAUUCACCGACCGAGACUCUCUCCCCUACACUGAGGCGCUUACCAAAGAAGCCCUACGAUGGCAUGCUGUUAUCCCUACCGGUUUCGCCCACUGUGUCACUGAGGACGACAUCCAUGACGGGUACUACAUUCCAAAAGGUUCCUUAGUGAUACCUAACAUUUGGUUCAUGCUCAAUAAUCCGGAGACAUAUGCCAACCCCUCACAAUUCAACCCUGAACGGUUUUUGGCUAAUAAUGGAAAGAAGCCUGAGACAGAGCCUCGCACAAUAUGCUUCGGCUUUGGAAGACGUAUCUGUCCAGGUCUCCACCUCGCUGAAGCCUCCGUCUGGAUAUCCACGGCGAUGUCAUUGGCCGUAUUCGAUAUCUCCAAGGUCGUCGAGAACGGCGUUGAGAUCACCCCUGAGGUUGAUCCCUCGUCAGGCACGAUCAGUCACCCCAAAUCCUUCAAGUGCUCUAUUAAACCUCGCUCUGCCAAAGCCGUUGCACUCAUUGAGCAGGAUGUUAGCCACUAAGCGCACAAACAUUGGUGGUGGGCAACACCCGCCAACACAGUGUGCAUUCCCACGGGCCUUAGACGCCCAAAUAGCAGAUAUGAGGCGGCACAAACGUCUGGGUACCGUAUUCUCAACUUUUUGAACAAUCCAACUAGACCAAAAUACUAUGUAAUAGCCUAGGAAUAAAAUGUUGAGGCCAAAAUUUU